UCGCGGAGGAGGAGGAUCUCAUCGACUCAGUCGCUCGUAACGAAUUCGUACAUUCCCUGCGUGAUGCUGGUGCUGCUGCGACAGCGAUCCUCGGCGUCAGUGGAGGGAGGGAGGGUGGCUGAAGAUUACCACCCGAUGAGUCCAUCCGUCAGCCUUAACGAUCGAGCAGGAAAAUUCGUGCGCCGUGGAUGACAACUUCUGCUUGUUGCGAUCCAGGUUUCCGUAGCUUACUUGUCUCGGGUCGCGCUUAGCGAGCCCUAUUCGAGCCAGUGUCUGCACUCUCCAGUUGACGAACCUAGGCAGCGAAAUUGGGCCAACUGGGGAUUUCUCCACAGCUUUGUAGAGAUGCAUGUGCCGGGAGUUGCAUGCGAUGUCCUUCUCCGUGUUGCAGGUACUUCCCCUCAACUAGGUCCAAGGGUCCUGAACCUCGCGUAGCUGGUGGCGGUCUUGGGUUUUUGAGGCUGGUGCAGUUUCUCGUGAGGACGGAGCGAGCAAGGGACGGCAGUGAGAGCGUGUUCUCAGAGACCCUAGGAGGAUUAGAAGUGGCUGGAUAGAGCAGCGGUCAAUUCACCACAUAAGUAACCGUAAAAGACAGUUUCAAGCGACUGAGUCAACCUUACCAAGACGAAGACUUACAGGAGCUAACCACAGAUAUGUGAGGAGACCUCUCGAAACCCUUUCGAAGAUGGAGAAAAAUAUUGCCAACAUAUGGCUUCAGGAUGCUAGAGGUCUUGUUAGAGCCAAAGUUGGCGACGAGGCAUUCUUUUCGUACUGCCAGGAAUUGGAGUCCACAAGUUUGCGAACACCUGCAGCCUCACCUAUUGAGCUUACAUCCUCGAAGUCAUCCACCGAAACUGCUGAACACUAUGAUUACUUUGACCCCUACUUACAAACUGAGGCUUUGAAGGGGUCGACACAAGAUCCCACCGCAGACCCAAUCAGCAUCUGCAGUGAAGGAUCGAUAACACAAGCCCUGGAGCAGUUAUUGACUUGUAAAGAUGUAUUGGAAACCCAGACUUCGUGGGAGGUUGAUCACCAGAAGGAUGAGUUGCCUCUUCAUCAACUACCAGGAUGGACUCAACAGGACUGCUCAUUGAUGGAAGAUUGGCAACAGAACUUGAGCUGCAGUAUGUCACACCUGGAAAGUGAAUCAUCGUCGAGCCUCAUAGGGGACACACCGAAUCAUGGUCGGCAAAUGAUAACGGAAACGCCCGUAGGAUUGUUUGAUCCAACCACAGAGGACAUCUUUCCUCCUGCUAACCACUUGUCGCAGUCAGCCACAGUCAUGAGCUUCCUCGGAGAUCAAAUUCUUAGACGCCCAUCCCACAUUAUCUCCAGUAAGGUUGCUGCUGCAAGAAGACACCGGAUCCUACUGCGGCAGAAGUCUGCACCACAUCAACGAGGUCCUUCGCAUUCAAAUGGCAGUGGCUCAUCCCCACGAGCAUUGAAGAAGAUGUACGUAACAAAGUUGGCCAAAGAGCUGACGUGUAGCAAUGGACAGGGUCACAACAUGGAUUCGUUGCGGUUCCUUUUUCAUAAAGUGUUGCAAACAAGCGAUGUUAGUAAUCUGGGCCGGAUAGUCAUCUCCAAGAAGGAGGCCGAGAGUCAUUUGCCGUAUCUCGCCAUGAAAGAGGGGAUCUUGAUUACCAUGGAAGAUUUUGACACGGGACAACAAUGGACCUUCCGUUACCGGUUCUGGCCUAACUGCAGGAGUCGCAUGUACCUGUUGGAGAGCACAGGAGAUUUUGUGAGAGCUCAUCGCUUGACCAAAGGGGACGUGCUCUUGCUCUGGAGACACAGUACACGGGGUACCUAUCGGAGUUUUGAAAGCGGCAUUGACGUGAAGGUGAUUCGAGGCAUGUCGGCGUUUCCGAGCAUGCAUACAAUAGAAGUACUCAAGAAAGUGAAAGUUGAAGAAUAGUCCCGGAACUGAAGGAAGCAAGGAGGGCGAUGUCGUCAAAGCAAAAACAAGAUUUAAGGGUUGGGAAAAAAGAUUCUGUGAAACACAGAUGUCAUGUAGUUUCCUGGAAUCUUAAAUAUAUUUCGAAGGGCACUGAUGCAGUUUGAGAGGCAAGAAUCACUUCAUCUGCACAAAAUGCUCACAUGAAAGCCUUUGCCCGGCAAUGGACAGUAUUUUGGAUUAGUAGAUGAGAACAAUCGACACCAUGUACAUAGUCAGCUGCAGAUUCUCUUCCAAGCUUUAAGAGUCAAGUGAAUGCGAAUGUAGAUUCUAUUGUAGAUAGCUUUUGUACACAGUUCGGACUGUGAUGUACCGCCAAAAUCUCUCGGUUACAGAAUGGCUGUAGUUUCAUGCGAGCUUCUGAAGCACCAAGCGAUUGCUCGCUUUCACACAUAAUGUUAACUGACACGGUUUUUCAAGGUUUGUUUAGCAUUGAAGUCGGAGUGCCAGCAGAUAGCGCAGAUUAUGAGGA